AUUCACUGUUCUUGAUAAUUCUGAUCCAGCUACUACAUACGUAAUAAGGUGGUGCCCCAUCUUCUUAAAAAUGAAAAUAUUUACAUGCUAUCGAUUGAUGAGAGUUUAACAGUAACCUCUAAAUUAGUGUAAAGUUAUUUAAGGUUUGUAUUAUUUCGCAUAAACUAUCGUAGUCAAUUAUUAUAAUACUCAUAAAACAAACGCGUUUAUACAAUACACAACAAUUAAUUGUGUAAAACACGGUUACAACAUAAUGAUGCUAUAGUAAAAUGGGCGAUAAAAAAAUAAUUGAUUAUGAUCAAAAUAUUGGAACAAUGAACAUCGCCAAGCUAUUUUUAGUGUAUUUAACAACAAAUUUGUGUGGUUUUGUUAGGAAUGCAGGCGCCUUAAUGUACCGAAGCCCGGUAAAACUUAUUAGGUCCGAGGGACAUACCUGCGAUGUGCACGAAGUUCAGACCGAAGACGGGUACAUUCUCGAGCUGCACAGAGUUUCCGCCAGGAUGAAGUCGAAAGAAAAGCGAAUAAACAAGCCCGUCUUGCUCAACCACGGAGUGCUUUUUUCUUCGGUGCAAUUCGCUCUAAACGGCAAAAAUAACAGCCUGGCUUUCUACCUGGCCGACUUGGGCUACGACGUUUGGUUAUUCAAUAAUCGUGGAAACAGCGUUUCCAUGAAACACAAAGUCUGGGAUCCCGAUAACAACACCAAAGAAUUCUAUGAUUACAGUUUUCAUGAAAUCGGUAUGUAUGACAUACCCCCAGUUAUAGAUUAUAUAUUAAAUGAGACCAACAGCGAGCAGCUAAGUUAUAUAGGAUAUUCUCAAGGAGGCACAUCUUUCUACAUUAUGGCCUCGACCAGACCUGAAUAUAACAAGAAAAUAUCCGUAGCCGUAUUGGUAGCACCUUCCUCCAUUAUGAGGAACAGCUUCAAUAUGUUUUUGAAUAUCUUGUCCAGAGUGAUAUACACAUUGGAGGACAUGACGAGGACACUGGGAAUCUAUAGAUUACCGUUUUUGGAUUAUUUUAGAAGAUUUUUCAUUAUGUUUUCUGCACCGGGUAUAAUAAGAAAUUGGAUUACUUUGCCGGCUCAUGUCCAAGUUUUACAAACCCAGCAUGUCGAUGAGACACUGCUCCCAAAAAUGUAUUACUACUCGCCCACAUAUACGUCAUCAAGGCAACUGUUUCACUAUGGACAACUUAUACAUUCAGGAAAAUUUAGACAAUACGAUUACGGUAAAAAGGAAAAUCUAAAGCGCUACAACUCUACGGAACCUCCAUGUUACGACUUAGAGAAAGUUACAGCUCCCAUUGUUCUCUACUACGGAGAUUCUGAUGCACUAGUGACAGAAAAAGACAUCGAAAUUGUGUCCGAAAUUUUACCAAACCUGGUAUACAGAAGACUUCUGAAAGGAUAUCAGCACAGUGAUUUUUUUAACGGGGUUGAUCAAGUUAAAGACUUUUAUGGAGAAUUGGCUGAUUUUUUAAAUAAAUAUUAGAUAGU